AGACUUAUAUGAACACUAUGUAAACUGGAUGGAAACUGGGCCAAGUGGAGAAGGUGAUUGUGUGACCAUCUCCUCACUGACCAAUCUGAUGGAUACAAAGGAAUGUGAUGCUCGUCUUCCCUUCAUCUGUUCCUGGAAUGGAAAAAAAAGUUUUCUACUGGUAAAGGAGAAGAAGAGCUGGGAGGAGGCCCUGGAACACUGCCGCAGCCUGAAUGAUAUUGGUCUUCAGUUCGAUCUAGUCAGUGUGGAGUCUGGAGACGAUUAUGAGAACAUGAUGAGCACGGUCAUGGAAGCCAACACAGAUGAAGUGUGGACCGGUCUACGUUUCCUGGGUGAUGAAUGGCUGUGGGUGAAUGGGGGAAACACAUCAAACAUUGAGAUGCCUCAAUGUCCAACCCAGGAGCAGCACUGUGGUGCAUUAUCAAAAACCAGCACUGGCAGUGUAGAGGCCAGACACUGUUCAGAGCCUAAAAACUUCCUUUGUUACAGUUUCAAGGCUUAAUGUCAUCAGUGUCAUCACAGCAGAAUGGCUGCCUAUAGAUAGGCUCUCAUUGCAGUCAAAUGUUUGCUUCUAUUAAUAUUUUCAUCUAUGAAUAGAAUAGUUAAAUGAUAAUAAUAAUAAUAGUUUAACUUGAUUGAUCUAAUACUGUAGAAAUCUAGCUCUUCAUUUAACCCCAUCCCCUCGGGGAGCAUUGGGCUACCAUUGUGCAGUGUCUUGCUCAGAGACCCAGAGUGGAGGCUGUGAGGAUCGAACUAUGUACUUGCAACCUUCUCAGAGCACAAGCGCACUGCUGUAACCACUAGGCCAAUACUCCCCUUAAUAGAGUUUAACAGAAUAUUUUCAUUUAUCUUAUUUCAAAAUUUAUUUUGUUUCUUCAAAUGAACUUUAGUAAAGAUGUAGAAAACCUAUGUAAGCUUGAAAGGGAACUAAACCCUCUGCAUUAAAUUAAGUACAACAUUCAUAGGUUCUAACUGUUAUGGUAACCAUGCUGUUUAAAACUUUACUUGAUUUUGUAAUUAAUAGCUGCAGUUGUAAAAGUUCAGCUUUUAGCCAUAUAAGAAUACUAUUUUGACUUUACUAAAAACUGUUUGUAAAGCUUUACUGUAACUGCUUUGCUGUAAUGCAGCCAUUAUUUUUGGAUUUAUAAGGUUACACAUAGAUCUGCACUAUGUAUCUGUAAACAUCAUUAAACUGAUUAAACUAAACUCUGCUAAGAAUGUGUAACUUGUAUAAUAACCAUUCUGAUUUACAAACAGAAAAUAUAUGCUUAGUAUUUGUGCCCAAACCACUUAGCAUUGAUCAAUAAAAUCAU